AUGCGACUUUUUGCAGCACGAAAUGUAGUGCGCUUGGCACGUCGAAGGAAUCAGAAGUUUCAUGGCUCAGCGUUGCGUCAGGCGCUGCUUAUAGGCGGCUUAGGACUGUCGGUAUUGGCCCUUUCUCACGAUGAGCUCACGGAAGUGAAAAUUGCACACUUGGAGGCACAAUGUGACGCUCGAUACGCGCCGCCUGAAGUAGACAGAGCAAUCUCCGUGCCGCUUGAGCGCGAGGAGUUUGCGCUGAUUGCCAAGUCGCGUGCUACACGAGUGAGUAGCACGUCGUACAAGGCCAAUUUUCCUAUUGAAGACAAGUACGCGGUGGAGACGACGGAUUCGGGGGACGUGUUUGCAGUCGUGCUGGAUGGUCAUGGUGGAUGGCAGGUAUCUGAGUAUGCAAGGAAGACGCUCAUCGGCAAUGUCCAGAAAGAGUUGUCAUAUCUGUACAAGGUGGGGACGAACGAGCCAGCUCAAGGCGACGGAACAACGGUCUCGGACGUGCGUGUGGCUGCUGCUAUUCAACGUGCGUUUGGGCGCACGGACCGCGACCUCAUGGCUGCGGUGGCUUCUGCGUUCAACCUUGGAUUUGGAGCUGUCGCGCGGUGCGGAUCUUGCGCAUGUUUGGCUUACGUGCAUGAAGGCAUCGUUCAUGUUGCCAAUGCUGGUGAUAUCCGCGCAGUGCUGGGAAAGCUCGGGAAGGAUGCUGACACGAUUGUGGCUGAGCCACUCAGCAAUGACCAGAAUGCCAUGGCGAAGUUUGAACAAGAAAAGCUCAGUAAGGAGCAUCCGGGGGAGGGAAACGCAUUCACGUGCCGCCAUCCAGACUCAUGCUAUGUGAAAGGUGCACUGCAGCCGACGCGUGCUUUUGGAGACUUUUCGCUCAAGUACCCGGAGUUCAACGGCCCUCCUUACGUGAAUGGCGAUCGCACUGCAGGUCGCCACUUUUCAGCACCUUUUACCCCUCCGUAUAUUACGGCUAUUCCAGAGGUCAAGUCGCACAAGCUGGAAGAGGACGACAAGUUCCUCAUUAUUGGGUCGGAUGGGCUCUGGGACUACCUGAGCAACGAAGAGGCUGUUGAGAUUGUUAAUGGACAGGCAUCAUGCGGAAAUCAUGACCUAGCUGCCCGUGCGCUGGUCGAUCGUGUGCUACAGAAAGCGGCAAAGCGCUACGGAAUGACGUAUCAGGAAUUGCUAAGUUUACCGCCUGGAAGCCAUCGCCGUCGUCGCCACGAUGACAUAACUGUGAUCGUUCUGUUCUUUGACUAA